UGACAGUGUUACACGCGUUGGAAACAUGUACUUUGAGAAGACAGUAGAUACGAAACCGUCUGCCGCUUCUCGCUGAAUAAUUUGCGAAUGCAAGUUUGUCCAUCCUGCGCUGUGAAACUGCUGACCUUGAGGCUACUAUUUCACCAUGACAAAGGAAGGAAAACAGGGCGUUGAUGAAACAAAAACAAGAGAAACAUGGGGACAUCGAGUGGAUGGCAUCGUUACCCUGUUGGGCUACAGUGUUGGGGAGGGAACGCUUCUCAAGUUUCCCUACCUGUGCGCAAGAAACGGUGGAGGAGCAUUCCUGAUCCCCUACCUGGUGUUUGUUGGCCUCUGUGCUGUACCGCUGUACUUCCUGGAAGUGGUCAUUGGCCAAUACUACCAGAAGGGCCCUGUAGAGGUGUGGAAGUUUUGUCCUGCCAUGAAAGGUCUUGGACUAAGUACGGCGUUGGUGUCGUGGGUAUACGCCAUGUACACCUCCAUGUACUUCUCCUGGUACCUCUACUACUUCUUCAACUCCUUCUUCAACCCCCUGCCAUGGUCCACGUGUGGCAACUCCUGGAACACGCCCAGCUGUGUGGAGUCGACACUUUAUGGGCAUGCUGGUAUAAACACCACACUGAAAGGCACUGAUCCACUGCAAGGCUUCAUCAACGCUACACAUUGGGAUCACUUGAAUGUGUCCACUGUGGACGUUGCUAGUGCUUCAGAAGAAUUCUGGAGAUAUAAUACACUGGACAUCUCGAAUGGCCUGGAUGAUACUGGAUCCAUUCGGUGGCCAUUGUUUGGGUGUCUGACCUUCACCUAUGUCACUAUGUACGUCAUGCUGUUUAAAGGCAUAAGAGUCACGGGCAAGGUAAUGGCGAAUUUAGGCAUAAGUCAGAGAAUAUAA